ACACAGCGCGCUCAUUGAGACAAAACAAUCCGGGUAUCCACCGCGCUAUGCUAGGAUUCACCGAAAGUAAUUGUCCAGGGAAAUGUCGUCGAUAAAAUGGCCGCCAGUCUGCAGUCUGACAUCGUCCAAGUUAUAACCUCUAAAACACUGCAGGAUAUUUCAAUAUCCAACUAUUUAUUCUUAAUUUUCGCCAAAAUGUCACUCGCAACAGUGAGAAACUUUGCGAAACUGUGCAGUGGCAAGAAUCCUAUCCUUUUCACUGCCGUACGCAACCACUGGAACAAGGACUAUGUGCCAGGUGCAUUUCCCAUGAACCAGGAACAGCGCGAUGCCGCCGCAAAGAAAUACGGCAUCCAUCCGGAUGAAUACAAACCAUUUCCCAAUGAUGGUGCUGGUUUUGGUGACUAUCCAGACAUCCCAUUAGUAUCUGGUGAUGCAAAAGAUCCUUUCUAUCCAUGGGAUAACCCAGAACUUAAAAGGAAUUUUAAUGAAACUCUGUCUAAUGAGUUUGAUUUGAUUGGUGAAGAUCGAUUUGAUAUCAGUUAUAAAUACAGGAUCCCACUUGCAACACAGAUUGCACAAUUUGUUCUUGUUAUGGCUGGCUGCUUUGGGGUUUACUUGUAUUUGGAGAACAUGAAACAGUUUCCAGGUUUAAUUCCUAAGCAAUAUCCACAUAAAGGUGAGAAACACUUCAGUUUCGAGAGUGAAUAGGAAAUUUAAAUGAAUACAAAUGUUAAUAAAGAAGAAUUAUGAUAAAUAAAGAUUACAAAUACAGGUAGAUUUAUGAAA